UCCUCCCUCUCUCAUCUACCUUUUCUUUUUCUUCCUUCUUCCGGCGGAAAUCGAAAAGAAAACCCUCCUUCCUUUCUUUCCUCCUAUCGCAAAAAAAAAGCAAAGCGGUGUUUUCUGCAAUUUUGCGCGUUUUUCACUGCGAAAAACUAGAGAGAGAAAGAGAAUUUCUUCUCUUCUUCUCUGAGGUUUGUUAGGGGGAUGGCGUCUAAGAGGAUUCUGAAGGAGCUCAAGGAUCUGCAGAAGGAUCCUCCAACUUCAUGCAGCGCGGGUCCUGUAGGUGAAGAUAUGUUCCAUUGGCAAGCUACCAUUAUGGGUCCUCCCGAUAGUCCUUAUGCAGGGGGUGUUUUCCUUGUUACAAUUCACUUCCCCCCAGACUAUCCAUUUAAACCACCCAAGGUAGCAUUUAGGACAAAGGUUUUUCACCCAAAUAUUAACAGCAAUGGAAGCAUAUGCCUGGAUAUCUUGAAGGAACAGUGGAGCCCUGCCUUAACCAUCUCAAAGGUCUUGCUUUCCAUUUGCUCGCUCUUGACAGACCCAAAUCCCGAUGAUCCCCUUGUGCCAGAAAUUGCUCACAUGUACAAGACUGAUAGGGCGAAAUAUGAAAGCACCGCAAGGAGCUGGACUCAGAAAUAUGCUAUGGGCUAAAGACUUAACAUGUCAGUUGGAGGGGGCAGGAGGCAGCUUAGUCUUUCAAAUACUGUCUUCCAAGCUUAUUGUAAGUGGGGUUGUAACCUUUUGAUCAGUGUGCUCUGCAUCCUAAGCUGGACAAAAGGUGUUGUCCAGUAUUUCAUUAUGUUGAAAGAAAGAGAACUUAUAUGUUGGCCUUCAAUGUUUGUAUGAACGAAACUUAAUCUUCAAGCUGUGAUAUAUGACUGAUUUGGUGCC